AUGGCUCCAACACCCGUACUAGCCACUUCCGCCUACUACGCCCCUGGCGUGGUGUCAUCCGCCUCCAAAUAUCUCCAUGUCUCGGGCCAACCAGGCACCAUUGAAGGCACUGCCCCUGCCGAUUACAAUUCGCAGAUCCAUCUUGCCCUCGCGAAUCUACACCGUGUGCUAGCCGCCACCGGCGCUACCCCUCGCGAUGUAGUCAAACUCACCCUCUACAUCGUCGACUAUGACCCUAAUAACCGUCUACACACCCGACCUCUGCAGACAUGGCUCGCCGGCCACAAACCGGCCAUUACUCUUGUUCCAGUACCCCAGCUAGCUGUCCCGGGCUGGAAAUUCGAGAUCGAGGCCACCGUUGCGGUGCCGGACUCUGUCCCAACUUCGCUUUCUCUACCCUCUCCCACAGAAACGACCGAUGUGCUUAUCAUUGGUGCCGGCCUGUCUGGCCUCAUGGCUGCCGAAACCAUCCUCCAGUCCGGUCACUCGUGCAUCGUGCUCGAAGGCCGCGACCGCGUAGGCGGCAAGACCUGGUCUUGUCCCUUGCCCAGUGGAACUGGCGUGGUCGAUCUCGGCGCUGCCUGGAUCAACGAUACCAACCAGAGCAUGAUGUAUGAGCUGGCAAAACGGGCAGGUGCGGAAUUGAUCGAGCAGAAUACGACGGGUAACUGUCUUUUGCAGCGAGAGGACGGCACCCUCACUGCAUUCCCUUACGGGCAGACUCCAUGUAUAACCCCUCAAAUCCAAAAAGAAAUUGAACUUAUCCGCGACACUGCCGAACUUGACUGCCAAUCUCUCUCCACCAGUCGACCCCAGAAUGCCGAACUCGACUCCCUCUCCUUCCUCGCCUAUCUGCAUUCCCGCAACGCCAGCCCGAUCGCUGUCGCUAACGCCUCCGUCUGGACUCGCGCCAUGCUGGGUCAGGAACCUCAGGACAUCUCCGCCCUCUACUUCCUCAAUUACUGCAAAUCGGGUGGCGGACUACUCCAGAUGCGAUCGGAUCGAAAACACGGCGCGCAGUAUCUGCGUGUGCGACAGGGGACGCAGAUCUUUGCGAAGACAUUGGCUGAGUCAUUGCCCACGGAUACAAUUCGGUUCGGGCAGAGAGUGGUUGGGAUUACACAGGUGCAGAAAGGGGUGAACUAUGUGCAGACGGAGAGUGGAUUGGUGGUCAAGGCUCGGAAGGUCAUUUGUUCAGUGCCGACACCUGUCCUUAAGACGAUCAAGUUCGAGCCGCAACUACCUGCUGCCAAGCAGCUGCUGGUCGAUUCGUUCAGAUAUGGUUACUACACCAAGGUGAUGUUGUCGUUCCGGACGGCGUGGUGGGCGGAUCGCGGGUUCUGUGGACUGGCGCAGUCGUUUGUUGGCCCUGCGUCGAUUUACCGCGAUACUAGCGUGCCUGAGGAUGGUAAGUGGGUGCUCACGGCGUUUUUGGCCGGCGAUGCUGGGAGGAAUUGGUCUGCGUUGGGGAGUCAGAGAGAGCGUGAACUAGCGUUGCUGGAGCAGUUGGGGGCGAUUUAUGGUGACAAGGAUCUGCCCAAGAGGGAAUUCGUCGAGGCUCUCGGUCAUGAGUGGUCGACUGAGGAACUCUCUGGCUGGGGUUGUCCCUGUCCGGCACUGCCUCCAGGCGUAUUGACGCUGGCUGGUGAUGCCCUCCGAGAGCCGUUCCGGGAUGUGCAUUUUGUGGGGACGGAGACAGCAGAGGAGUGGAAGGGGUAUAUGGAGGGAGCUGUGCGCAGUGGGAAGAGGGGGGCAGUGGAGGCUGUUAAGGGGCUGACGAGGAGCCAGUUGUGA